UUGACUUUGAGCGGUUAUAAUAACCGCUUUCUAUUUAUGCCACACAGUUAGUCCAUUUUAAGAUGAUCCAUUUGUUUUAAUAUUAAGAAAUCUUGGGGAUAAUUUUAAUCAACCGAGGAGAACAGUAAUUUAAUGUGAUUAUCUCUGCAUCCACGUGAGCACUGCGUUUGUAAACUAAACUUAGAAGCUGGUAUCUUUGCACAUGUAGUAAAAGAAAUUCAUGUUUAAUAUCCUAAUGGGACUGUUUUCUCGCAUCUCUUUUUGAAAAAGGAGUUUACCAUGUCACACUGAACUGCCACUAUCAUCUGAUGCAGAUCCCUAAAGGAUCAUCACACAUCUUUUACUUUAAGUGCAAUUUUGUGGUUUUGAUUUGAUUGGUCCAGGCUGCCUGUCAGCUGACACCGAACUGGACAGUGGACAAUGCAAAAAUGAAGAUCUCAGCGCAUCUCUGACAUGAUCCCUGGUUUGUGAUGAUGUUUCGGCUCCGAUGUGUGAACACCUGCCUCCGAAGGCUCCUUCAUGGGGGAACAGUGAAUAGAGACCAGGUCCUGGAGCAGCUGCGGGUUUGCUCUGCUGAAGACCAGGUUUUUGAUGUGGUGGGAAAGAACAAAGCCAAGCUGACAGCGGAGCAUGUGAGCUGUGCUGUAGGGAUGCUGUGGCAGUUUCAGAAAGAGAGACCUGAACUGCUCAGGACUGUUGACCUCAUCAGAAGUCACCCACAGUUCUUAACUCUCCGGGUUUUAGCAGAGAAUAAAAUUGCUAUUAUGGAUGAUUUAAUGUUGGUUGACAUGCUUUAUGCUUUCCUCAGGUUAAACAUAGAGGAUAACGACUCUCUUGUGCAGCAAAUGGUUUCAGAAGCUUGGCUAAGAAUAGACAGACUUCCAAUGUCAUCUCUAUCCAAGUUUGCUAUCUGUUUAAAUGAUCAGAACCUCCACCACAGUCCUCUAAUGGGUCACAUCACCUCCAUUUUGGAUCAAAGGUUGUCGACUAUUGAUGAUGCCAGGAUCCUCACCACUUUAAUGAUUAGUGUGUCGUCCCUCGUGUCUCCCCACCUGAGGGAUGCUCUCAUCAGCAGAGCAGAGAAACUCUUGCUCACCAUGAAUCCCUUGCAAUAUAACACACCACGAAGAAUGGUGCAGUUUCUGCGCAACAUUAAGUAUGUUCACCGACCUCUGCUGGAGAAGUGCAAUAAGAUCUUUUUGCUCAACAUUCCCAGACUGGAUGCAGAAAAUAUCGGCAUCAUCUUGGGUCUGUAUCAGUCCCUUCAGUUCAACAACUGUGACUUUAAGCUGGCUGCUAAACAAAAGUUGACUGAACUGAUAGAUUCAAGCACUGAUCCUUUAUCCUUCUCUAAACUGUUUAUUGCCCUGGCUCCCAUUGCCAGUCAGGAGAUCAGAGAAAGGUUGGAGAACACUGCUCUCCUGUUGGCUGAUGAGUUCAGUCCUCGGCAGGCUUUGGCUAUAGCUGAAGCACUGGAGGAGGUUCAAAGUAGAAACCUUAGCUUAGUGAACAAAAUUGCAUCUGUAAUUCAGAAGAACCUUCAUGUCUACAAGUCAGUGGAGGUGGCCAGAAUCACCCAAGCCCUUUCUCUAUUGCAGUAUCAUAAUCCAGAGUUCUUCACUAGACUUAAAAACAUUAUGAUCAAUUUUUUGCAGCACAGUUUCUACCCGUAUGAAGUGACUAUGCUAAUUCGGGUGCUGUCCACAUUGUCUUCCCCACGACUUGAUGACAGCGUGGUCUCAAAAGUAGAUGCAGUAGUUGCACAGUGCAACCUCAGUGAGCUCAGCACAAUUUCUUUUGCCGUUGCCAAAUGGAUACGAAAUGAUCCGUCCUACCGCCACAACACCCACAGCAAAUACGUCCGCCUGCUGCAGACGCUAAGCCGCUGUGGACACGAGAGGCUGCAAACAGCCGACCGGCUGGACUUUGUGCUCGAGGAGCUUAAGUACAUCUCGGGUGAGUGGUUUGAGGAGAUGCUGCUGGAAGAGUCUAUGGCCACUCUGAAGAGGAUGGUAGAUCAAAUUAACUGGGCCAAUGCCCCUGACCUGGCCUUUUUCCUCACCAGAGCAAAUUACCUCUGUCCUCCUCUGAUGGACAGAAUUGCCAGUGUGGCCACAGAACACAUUGACAAGAUUCAUCAUUCAUCAACAUAUGCCACCCUGCUACCCUUUUCUGUCCUGAACUAUGAUUCCGUGCAGGCAGACGAGCUGUUCGAUGCUUGCAUUAAGCGCUUCACUCCACACAUCCGUUCCUUUGACCCACAUCUGCUAGUCCUGUUUGCAUACUCCUUGGCAGUAGCUGAUCAUUUUCCUGAAGAACUCAUUAGAGAAAUCUUUAGCAUCGACUUUCUGGGAAAGCUGGACUGCCAGAUAGAAACCCUACCUGAUACCCUCAACAUGCGGACACGACUGCGGCUCAUGGAGCUCAAUCGCGCCGUGUGUUUCGAGUGUCCUGAGUUUCAGGUGCCGUGGUUUCAUGAACGUUACUGCCAGCAGCUGCAAAAGAAAGGUAAUGGCAGUAUCAGUCCUGUACAACAGCAAAUCCACAAAAUGCUAGGGGAGGUUCUUGGUGGAAUUAACUUUGUCCAAGCAGCAGUUAUUACUCCAUAUUUUUACACCAUUGACUUUGAAUGCAAACUGGACAAAAACUUGAAGCCGCUGCCUUACUCAGAGCCAAGCACCCUGCAGAUCUCGGACAGAGGAAGGGUUCACUGGGAUUCAAGGUCCCUGGAAAAUAUAAGGGAUGAGUUGCCACCUGGAGCUCAGCGUGUGGCUGUGGACUUUCUUGAUUCAAAGUCCUUCUGUAAAAAUUCUCAUCAUAUGAAAGGUGAAGUCUUGUUGAGGAAGAGGCACCUCGAAAUUCUGGGAUAUCGUGUUGUUCAGAUUCCUCACUUUGAAUGGAACUCUAUGGAGCUUUCAACACAUGACUCCUGGAAGGAAUAUCUCAGGAAGAAAAUCAUCAGAUAGCUUUCUUUCUGACUGCCUUACUUAAAGAUUCAGUGUUAUAUUCAGCACUGACUGGCUAUCUUGGUACUGGAAAAUGUUUUGACCGAGUGACUAAAUAGUGUUAAGUGUUAAACACCAAAAACACAUAAAAUGCUCCUUAUUUUUAGUUUUAAUGUUCAGUCUAAAGUUGGCAUGAAUCUGCCUCCAUACAUGUUGAGUGAGAAUGUACCUUAUAUGUUUUUGUAUUCAAUAACAUUGUAAAAAUUAAAAUAAAGAUUGUA